AUGUCAUUUCAAGGCGGUGUUUGUUCAUCGGAGAUCGGUGCUUUCAAGAACAUCAAUGGUCAAUGUACGACUGAAGACCGUUGCCCUGGCGGUUCCACAUGCCGCGCUCAGGUCUGUCAGUGCGUUGACGGCUCAUCUGAACAUCAUGGCUGUUGUCGUCAAUCACCAGGAAGGCGAUGCACCCACAGGGAGGCAUGCAAUGGCGGUUCGAGGUGCGAAUUCGGCUUAUGCCGUUGUCUUGACGGUAGCAUAAUCAAUGGCGCCAGGUGUGUAAUCAGCAGUACGGAACCUGGAAAAUCGUGUCAAAGUGGUCAAAAAUGUAUCCACGACAGCGUUUGCCGAUUCGGGAUGUGCAUGUGCAUCGCGAAGUACGUCACAUUCAACGGAAGAUGUAUGACUGAGGAGAGUAUACUCACUCUCACCUCCUCAACCCUUGCUGCCACUCCACCUGUCAAGGUUGGCUCUGUGAAAGGUUCUGGUUUCGAAUGUCAUCGAAAGGAUAUUUGCAGCGGUGGUUCAACGUGCCGAAACGGAUUUUGUGAGUGCAGCGAUUUGGAAGUGAUCAUCAGUGGGCACUGCGUCGGCAGUCAUGAAAAAGCCAACGAAAUCGUCGAGAAACUGCUUGUCGCUGCACCUGGCCAACCUUGUGAGGCUGGGGAAAAGUGCACUGGAGGAUCGACAUGCACCAAUUAUCUCUGCACUUGUGAACACGUCGCCAUUGACGACUCACGUGGAUGCUUUGAAGAUGCUCGGAAACAUAUGGCGCGAAUGUAG